UUUCUUUUCUUAAUAUCCCAAUAGGUAUUUAUACAUAUUUUUUUUUUUAAUUUUUUGCUUCGUUUAGUCUUUACUAGUCAGCGAAACACGGCAGAAUGAAACCCAUCAAAUUACUAGAAUCAUUAUAUUUUCUGUAAUCUGCUACGCCUUCUCAGAAAGAAACAAAGUCUGCUAUGCCGGGGAAAAAAAAGUCAGCGACAGGAGGCAUUCAACGUAUGUACCCAUAAGUCUGAGACAGAUUGAAGAAAUGAAGGCAAUUUUAAGUAUGGACAAUGAAACUUCCUCUUACUAGAUCAGAGACUUUUGGCUCAUUCAAGAACACAAAGAAAAGCCCCAGAAUUCACAAAAGAAGACCGUUCAGAAGCUCAGCUGAUUGCAUCUCAGAGUUGCAAAGAUACGCGCAAAAGCAAAAAAAAAAGAAAAGAAGAUGGGUUCUUUCAAGGGUCAUGCUUUGCCAGGAUCAUUGUUUCUGUUAGUUGGGGUGUGGCACAUAUGGAGCGCUGUGGUUCGAUACGUGGCGAACCCGAAAACGUUCAAGGUUCGGGUUUGGAACCCCGUACCGGGUUUUGACGGAAGGCUCAAGUAUUUUGAGCUUUAUCUUAUUGCAAUUGGUGCCUUUAUUGAUAUGUGUAUUGAGCUUUUGUAUUCGACCCACCUCAAGUUUUUUGUGAAUGGGGUCCUGAACCCGUCCCACAUGAAUGAUUUCGAGCACUCUGGGAUGCUCCUAAUGUUCUUCAUCUUUGGUUUGGUUGCUCUGCUCUCUGAGAAAACAAGUCUUGUUCCCUUGCCAGAAGGAGCUCUUUGUUUCAUUGCUGCCACAGCAUUCUGUGCAGAGUAUCUCCUAUUCUACUUUCACUCAACAACCCAUAAAGGACUUGAAGGGUACUACCACCUUCUCCUUGUUCUCCUGAUAGGACUUUGCAUAAUGUCGACGCUUACUGGAGCCCUCCUACCGACAAGCUUCCCAGUUGAUUUGUGUAGUGGCAUUGCUAUAACUCUUCAAGGUCUUUGGUUCUAUCAGACUGCCUUUACUCUCUAUGGCCCGAUGAUGCCAGAAGGUUGUCAGAUUAAGGAAAGCAUGGUUUCUUGUCACUCAAAAGAUAGUGAGGUCCGAGGUGAGUUGCUUGCAAACUUCCAGCUCUUUUCUUUGGUCCUUGGUGUCCUUGUUGCAGUUGUGGGAUCAUAUGCUUUUGCAGCUUCACGAUAUGGGCAUUCUGAACUUGGGAGUCUGCAUGCUGUUCAGGAUGGAUUAGAUUGAGAUUAGAGUAGGGUAUCCAAUCUUUCUUAAGUCCCUGUUGUUUACAGCCUUAUCAAAGGAGUCACGUUGAUAUCUUCUGGGUGUGAAAUUGUUUUAUUCUAUUUGCAUAUCGGUCGGAUGUGUACAUCAACAAUGUAAAGAAUUAGAAUUGCUGCUCUUUUUAGCUGGUAAAAAUAAAACAAUGUUUUUGUCUAUGAAAAAUAUAUAAAAUGCUAUGUGCGUCC